UAUCAAAACAGUAAUAGUUAUAUUUAAUAAUUAAAAUUAUUGAAAUUAAGUUCAUUUGGAAGUAUGGAUUUAAUAGAAGCUAUCAAAAAAGAUAGAGCAUAUGUUAAAAGUAAAUUAAUAGUAAAAAAUUGGGAAAAAGAUUUCAAAUUAAAACACUCGCGAACUCCAUCAAAGUUUGAUAUAAAAGAAGCUCCUUCAAACAUAAAAUAUGCAUAUAAAAAGUAUUUUCAACUUAAAAGUACAGCACUCGAGAACUCCUUGUCUAUAUGUGAUCCUGACGAAGAAUCAGUUUUGUCCCCAGAACCAACUCUACACUUAGAAAAUAUUGUAGAUAAUUCAACAACUCCAGAAUCAUUAUUACCUACAUUACCUAGCGUUCAAGAACUCGACAGAUUGCUGUCGACUCCAAAUCCUAAUUAUGUUAAUGACAGUACUUUCACUGAAAAAUUUUCAAAAAAAUUAUUCCAAAAUACUAAAUUUUCUUUAAGGAAUCCUAGAAAAAGUAUAAUAACCAAAAGUCAGGUCGAGCAUCCUUUAAAGAGUAAGCUAAUUAUAGAUAAUAGCAAUGGUACUGGAUCUGCAAAUCAUGAAAAGCUUGAAAUAAAAAGUGAUAAUAAUGAAAUUGAUAAUUUUAUUAAUAAAAAUAGUAUAGAAAUCAAGGUGAACGGUGUAGCAUCUCAAGGACUAACCUGUAAAAUUGUACACAAUAAUGAAAAUUUAAUUGCUCCUGGAAAUUUAACAAAUAUGUUGCAAUCUUUUCCAUUGAGACAAAUUAAUAAGGGUUGGGUUGAAAGAGCAACUGGUUUUUCUGAUAAUGUGCAAAGCAAUAAUCAAGUAGAAAAGUUUGGAUUAGGAAAUAUUACAAUGGUACAUCCAGUGGAGAAACUAAGUGAUUAUGUUGAAAAUAGUGAAUCGGAUGAUGAUAUUGCUAUAAGUAAACUUAAACCAGCUCUUAAAAAACAAAAGACUUGUAAAGUAAAUAAUAAUGAAAAUAGACAUAAAGAAGAACAUAAUGAUCAUACAAAUAGUAUUAGUAAUAGUACAGAUCUCACAAAUGAAAAUAAGAUAAGAAAAAGGAAAAAUGAAAGAGUUAGCAAUAUUAAAAAGAUUGAAACUAAAAAACAGGUUUCAAAAUCUUUUGAACAAACAACACAACCACCAGAUGUUUCUGAAUAUAUGCCAUUUGGAUUAAAUGAAAAAGUACAGCCAAGACAUAAUAAUAUAUCUGAUAUCCUUGAAACUAUAGAAACACCUUCAGUGAAGGAUAAAAUCAAGCUUACUCAAAGAGUAGAGGAAUGUGAUAAGAUGGAAAAGAAAAUUCAAAAUGGCAUAUUAAAUGAAAAUUUUGUUAAAAUCAAUAUAGAAAAAAAAGUUUUUGUAAGGGGCAAAAAGAAUAUUAGUUAUUCGAAAUACAAAAAAAAGUUAUGGAAAGAUAAAAAAGCUCUCCAUGGUGGAAUGGAAUUUCCUGAACAAGGAAAAAUAACAUGUUUCAAAUGUGGCUUAGAAGGUCACAUGGGGCGAUAUUGUACGGCACAUCGUGAAGAUACACUUUUGCCCUUGGAAAAUUAUGAAGAACAUAACAUGAUGACAUUAGAAGACAUGCAAAAAAUCGUUACUGAUAAUAAAAAAGAGGAAAAUGAUAAACCAAUAGAAGAUGAGUUGAGCUCAUUGCUAUUUGAAGCAAGCAAAAUUCCUGAAGAUUUUUUAAAGUUACUAGCUGAAACACCUGAAGCGAAAACUAAAGUUAAACCUGUAUACACUGAAGGUGAAGAAAAUUCAAAAGAAUUGUCUGAAGCACUAAAUGAAUUUGGGCACAAUGCGUUUCUUCCAGGUCAGGAAAAAGCCAUAAAGAGGAUUCUCUGUGGAUUGUCCACAUUGCUCAUAUUAUCAACUGGAGGUGGAAAAUCACUUUGUUAUCAACUUCCGGCCUAUAUUUACAGCAAAUAUUACAAAUGUAUUACUCUAGUUAUAUCCCCUCUGGUAUCCUUGAUGGAAGAUCAGGUAUUAAGCAUGCCACAAUUUUUAAAAGCUGCAUGCUUACAUACUAAUCAGCAGCCAACUCAGAGGCGUAAAAUUAUUGAGUAUGUAAAAAGUGGAGAAAUUAAUGUUCUUUUAAUGUCACCCGAAGCUCUGAUUUCUGGAGAUUCUUCUAGUGGAUUUGCAGGAUUAUUUAAAUCAUUACCACAAAUUGCAUUUGCUUGCAUUGAUGAAGCUCAUUGUGUUUCACAGUGGAGUCAUAAUUUUCGACCUAGUUAUUUAAUGAUUUGUAGAGUAUUGAGGGAAAAAUUAAAUGUCACAUGUAUUCUUGGCCUAACAGCUACAGCAAGUCAAGCUACUAUUAAAAGUAUUAUUGGUCAUAUUAAUAUAUCAGAUGGUUUUAAAGGUGUUUUAACAAAUCCUGCUUUACCAAAUAACCUCCAUUUGUCUAUAUCUUUUGAAAAAGAUAAAGAUAGGGCAAUUGUUUCUUUAUUAGCAUCUGAAAAAAUAAGUUUGUUUAAUUCUAUAAUUGUUUAUUGUAUUAGAAGAAAUGAAUGUGAAAGGGUUGCAGCUGUAAUAAGAUCAUGUCUCUCACAGCCUGGAAAAAUCAAUAUGGAGAAAGCAAGCAAAAAACGCAAGAGAAUGUCUUACAUUGCUGAAGCAUAUCAUGCAGGUAUGUCAGCUGCCCAGAGAAGAAAAAUUCAAAAACAUUUCAUGGAUGGCUCAUUAAAAAUUAUCGUAGCAACAGUUGCUUUUGGAAUGGGUAUUAAUAAAUCAGAUAUUAGAUGUAUUAUACAUUAUAAUAUGCCCCCUAGUUUUGAAUCUUACGUACAAGAAGUUGGUAGAGCUGGACGAGAUGGAAAGCCUGCAUUUUGCCAUGUUUUUAUGAAUGAGAAUUGCAACGACAAGGAUGAACUAUUGAAACAUAUUUAUGCUAACUCUAUUGAUAGACCAGUUAUAAGAAAAUUAUUGCAGAAGGUAUUUAUUCCUUGCAAAUGCAUAUCUACCGAAAAUUUGUCAAAUACAAAAGUGAAACCACUAAGAUGUGCAGGUCACGAAGUAGGUAUUCCGAUUGAUAAUACGGUAGAAGAAUUGGAUUUACCAUCUGAAAACAUUGCAACAUUGUUAUGUUAUGUAGAACUUCAUCACAAACAUUACAUAAAAGUCCUUAACAAUGCUUAUACAAUAUGUAAAAUUUCGUCUUAUGGUGGACCUAUAAAAAUUUUAGAAGCAGCGAAAACUUGUCCACCUCUUGCCAUGGCAUAUUUAUUACAAGGAAAAAAAGACUCGAGCAUAACAAAAAGUAGUAUUUUAGAAUUUAAUGUUAUAGAAGUAGCUUCUGCAAUUGGGUGGGAAAGUGGAAUGACAAAGUAUCACUUAAAAAAUUUAGAAUGGACAAUAAAAGAUGGCAUAUCGAAAAGGUCUUACCUGAAAGUAGAAUUUAAUACACUUGGAUUUCGGCUUAAAGCUCCGGGUGAUUUAUCUGCUUCAGAGUUAGACAGUGUAUUAGAUGAGUUGCACGAGACUGUACAUACUCAAGAAAAAGUUAUGUUAUGUCAGUUGGAAGAAAUAAAUAAAGUUUUUUAUCAACUUCGUAACAAUAUAUCGUGUGACAAAAUCAAUUUUACUGAAGAAGCACUUAAAGAAAAGUCUGAUGAAUUAAAAUUAAUAAUUAAUAACUAUUUCACAAGAGAGAAUAAUUUGCCUGAUAAUAUUGUAUUGGAAGAACGACCAUUACAUGUUGAACGAGUGGCUUCCGACGUUCGCGCUUUAAUCGCGACCUAUAAAGAUUGCAAAUUUACAGGACGAAGUAUAGCGCGAAUAUUUCAAGGUAUAUCUUCGCCCAAUUUCCCAGCUUUAGUUUGGGGUAGAUGUAAGUUUUGGCGAUCACACCUUCACGAAGAUUUUGAUGGUAUCGUUAGAAUAGCAACUCAACAAAUUAUUCAAAUGAAAAUGUAAUUUUUUAACUCAUGAAAUAAAA